UGAGCACACUGAUGAGCAAUUGACAGGGUUUUACCAGGAAAAAUAGACAACCAUAACAUUGUAGUAGACCUCUGAUAUCCACAUGUUGUAUUUGUUUUUCCUACCACCAGCACUCCAUUUGCCCUUCUUUUGUACGGCCAUUAGCCAGAAUGUGUGCUUCUUUUAAGUAUUUGGGUCUGGACCAACAUGGUCAACCAAUCCUCCGGCAGGCGUUGCAAUCCCUAGAUCCACGCAGAUAGAGCGGCUUAGGUAGGUGUGGACAGGAAGUGCCGGUAAAGGUGUGAAAAAACCCUAACCCAGGGGUCUGCAACCUUUUGGACAAAAGAGCCAUUUUGUGUUCCACGUAUUCCACCAAUUUCUUUUCUCUGGAGCCUCAAAACAUAUUUUAUAGCUUGUUAGCAAUGUUGUAUAUUGUUAUACUAGACAAAAACUACAGUUUGUUGCAUUUAUUAUUUAUAACAUUAUAGAAGGAAGGAAGGAACAGUGUUUACAUGUUAUUGGUAUUUUUACCUCUAAUAAUAAACACAGAACUCCUAUAAAGAGAAUUACAAAAAAUUCACUAGCAUUUGUAGGCCUACUUUUAAAAUAAGUUAAACACAGCACAUGGGGGAGUCCUCUGCACAUUUGAAGAAAAUAAAUACAAUAGCCUCGUUGCACGGUAACCGUAAAUUCUACUUCCGCUGUUACUUGUAUGCGCGUCUAAACUUCCGGUCGAACACUUCCGUGUUAUGAUAGCGUUUGACAGCUGGAUACCGGUAACCGGCUUUUACUAUUUAGAAGUGUACAAUGAGUGUGUUCACAAUAAAAGAAAGACGACUGACCUUUCAAAGGGUGGGGACAUCGGCACUGCACUGUUGUGUACCUCAGUGUACGAAUUCUUCGAGGUACAAUAAGCUACUUUCCUUUCAUUCAUUUCCCGUUGACCCGGCGGUACGGGCCGAGUGGCUGAGGAGAAUCCGAAGGGAUAAUUUCAGUCCGACGAAACAUUCAAAGGUCUGCAGUAGGCACUUUAAAAGCACAGAUUUUGUCGUGACAGCCGGGGGACUAAGAAAACUCCAAAAGGGAUCAGUCCCUGUUCUGUUUUCUUGGAACGGGUUUGAGCUAUCGGCACCUAGACCGAGUGUUUGGGAGAGGCGCCCGCGGCCAGAUGUGGAGAGUCCCGAUGUCUCUGACAACGAGAUGGAAAUCGCGGCUGUAGCUACUGACCACGACUACUCGGUGUUGCCACAAACGGUGAUACGAGCAAGUGACUUGGUUGAGGACAACGAAGCCUUGCGUCGGAGGAUUUUGGAGCUGGAACAGCAGAUCGAGGGGCUACACCUGCGGCAGAGGUUUGGGUUACAUCGUCUGACAGCGUCGGAUGACAGCAUUCGGUUCUACACCAGAUUUGCGUCCUACCAGCAUUUCCAGGCAUUUUGGAGACUUGUGGAGCCUGCCGUGAACAGCAAAAUGGUGAGGAUUACCAGCUCGAAAACCGCCUCAAACAGCAGCAGCAGUUCCCCUCAAACGAAACUUCCAGCUGUUGACGAGCUACUGCUCUUCCUGAUGUAUCUAUCAGUGGGUUUACAUCUCAAUGACCUUGCUGAGAGAUUCAACAUCCAUCGCAGCACUGCAAGUCGGAUUGUGUCUACUUGGACACAGUUCUUGUACACUUUGCUAGGAAGCAAGCGUCUUUGGCUCCCAUCGGAAGUUGUCAGAGCUCACUUACCGCCUGAAUUUGCUGCCUUUGCUGACACACAGGCAGUGUUUGACUGUACUGAGAUUUUCUGUCAAACACCAUCCUCUCUUCUCCUACAGUCUGAGGUGUUUUCUACCUACAAAUCGCAUCCAACACUCAAAGCGAUGAUUGGUAUGGCACCACAUGGUGCCAUUACCUUUGUUUCAGGACUGUACGCAGGGUCCAUAAGUGACCGAGAGAUCUUUAAGCUUUCGGGGAUCACAAAGCUGCUGAAGCCAGACAUGGCAAUAAUGGUGGACAAAGGCUUCCGUGUGGAUGACCUUGUUCCCUGUAAAGUGUACCAACCAGCCUUCCUCUCCAAAAACAAACAAAUGAGUCGGGAGAAUGUCAGGCAGACCCAGUCGAUUGCACGUCUGAGAGUGCACGUGGAGAGGUGCAUAAGGAGGGUAAAGGAAAACAAACUUUUUGACACCGAAAUACCACUGUCUGUAUGUGGAAACAUUGAGCAGUUGUUCAGUGUUGCCUGCUUUCUGGUAAAUUACCAGAACGGGCCACUAGUGAAGGCGUGGGCAAUUCAGCAAUGAAUUGGGAGCACUUUCAAUCAGUUCAAUCAGCAGUUCUUACAAUCAGUUAAAAUGAAUAGUUCUUUCAGUCAGUUCAAAUGAUCAGUUCUUUGAGUCAGUUCAAACGAUCAGUUCUUUCAGUCAGUUCAAACUAUCAGUUCUUCCAAUCAGUUAUUGUUCAUUUUUAGAAAUCUAUACAAAACCUGAACUGAUCUUUAUUGUUUGUUUGUGCAAAUCUCUACCAGUGUAGAGGUUGUAUUGUUCAUUUUUAGAAAUCUAUACAAAACCUUUAAGACGUUGUAGACAGUUUCACCUCAGUGCUUCCAAGAUGACCAAGUUGGUAUCAUAUGUAUUGUCCAGUUUUACAUGGCUUUGAAAGUCUGCUUGUCUGUAAAGACUGUAGAAGACAACAAAACAUACUAACCUAGCAUUCUGUCACUUUAGCCCCAGUUGUCACAUCAAUUUCAGUACUGCUAUCAGUGAGCGCAUCAGCUCUGCUAUCAGUCCAGCGUUAUAAUGUCAUUAUACUGCAAAUGUUGUAAUGAGAUGUGUGCAUAUUUUGAGUAUGUAAUAAUAUAUUAUUAAUGUAUUAAAUUACAUAUCUUCCUAUGAAUAUUA